CUCAGGAGUAGAAGCACGCGCAACUCUCUCCAUCUCGCGACUCGUGUGCCGGCCAGCAGUGAACGACACACACACACACACACACACACACACACACACACAGACUAACACAGUCAAGGACAUACAGCGGGGAGUCUCCAUCCAGGAUUUUUGGAUUCUUUUGUCAUGGCAUUUGUUUGGAAAGUAAAUAAACAACGCACUCUGCAGGAGACAACUCAUUCACAAAGAUGAGUCACCGACAACAUCCAGAGCUCUCUGUGGUCUUCACACGCGGGACAAAGUCCGGUAAGCUGCGCGAUCCUCACCCACGGAGCGAGAAGCGUCUCUCGGUCACCUUCUGAAAGAAAGAAAAAAAGAAAAAUGUCUCGUGGCGACGAGCGUCGCGCGCCAGAGCGCGUGUGAGUGACUGACCGAUAGUCUUUCUGAGAGAGAGAGAAAGAGAGGCUGGAUAUAAACAGCAGCCGGGCUUCCAGGCAGCGACAGCCAGACACUCCGAGCAGCCCCCUCGCCUCUCUCUCAGCUCCGCACACCCAUGCAGGAUGCCCGGAGAGCGCCGGGGAGUCCUGGUCCAGCUCAGCCCGAGUUCAUGACGCUCUGGGUGGCCUCGUCAUGCGUCUCUUGCCCGAGCCCAGCGCCCAGUCCCUCCGGCUCCUCUUCCUCUUUGUCUUCGUGAUGGGGGUGACCCCGUCUCCGGCUCUCACGGCCGGCUGCCCCGACAGAUGCGUGUGCGACGACCAGCUGGUGGUCCAGUGCGCCGGGCAGGAGCUCACCCUGUUCCCCAACGACCUGCCCCUGGCGACCCGGCAGCUCAUCAUCUCCAACAACCGCAUCGGGGACCUUCCGGCGCUGCAGCUCAACUACCUGUCCGAUCUGGUCUAUCUGGACUGCAGCAACAACUCCCUGACCGAGAUCUCCGAGUCCACAUUCGGGAAUUUGCGGAAACUCGCCUACCUGGACAUGUCGUUCAACACGCUGCUGCAGAUCGAGGACCGGACUUUCGGGCCCCUGGCGUCCCUGGUGAUGCUGCGGCUGACGGACAACCCGAGUCUCGGGGAGAUCCACCCGGACGCCUUCUCGGAGAACAUGGCUCUGCAGGUGCUGGACGUGAGCCGGAACAACCUGACGGCCCUCAACAUCAGCAGCCUGAUCGCCCUGCCCACUCUGCGGUCCCUAGGGCUCAGCGGGAACCCGUGGAGCUGCGACUGUGACACGGAGGACCUCUGCCUCUGGGUGCAGAUCGAGGGCUUCAAGUUCCAAGGUGAGGAUGGAUGAAGUCAACACAUAUAUGUCAGUGUCACACACACACACACACACACACACACUAUAAACUAUCAAAAAUUAGAGUUAUUUUCUUAAAAGACCACAUUCCAAAAAGUGGCGUGUAAAACGAGGCCUGUUCAUGUUCAGGUGUCAGCCGUCUGACCUCCUGCAGGUGAUCCCUGGAAGCGGGGAUCCUCUGUUCCUCUGCUAUACGCCUGUACGAGCCAGAGACGCUCCAAGGUCUCAUCGUUUGUUAUUGUUACAACGGCUCAUUUUAGAUAAUGUGAUUGUGGGCGCUUGGUCAACUCGUCCCCAGCGACGGUGGGCCACUUAUGGCUCCCCUCCCCUUUUAGUUUGUGCAUAUGUAUGCAUGGCCACACGUUGAGUUGCAGAGUCAGAUGCAGACUCUCUCUCUCUCUCUCUCUCUCUCCGCUACACACACACACACACACACUCGGACUCCAGAGCUAAUGGUUUGACCUCAGAGUCAGAGCAAUCCGAAGAUUUCUGUCCCUCCGCAACACAAUCCGCCCUUCACGUCUCAAUAAUGUUUCGAGUUUAACCCAACGAAUCAGCACACUUGUGUUACGCUUACUUGGAAACAGCCACCUUAGCCGUCUAUUUCCUAAACAGGAGGAUGAUGCUUUGCUGGUAGAAGUUAAUUGAGC